CUGGUUAUUUUGCGGCCAUUCUCGUUACUUUAGGGCACCCUCCAAGUACAGCUAGCUGGUCUUUGCAGGUGGAGGACAAGUAACAUUCGUAAUUAGAGAUGUUAUCCGUGAGAGUUGCAGCGGCUCUGGCCAGAAGCCUCCCAAGACGGGCUGGAUUUGUUUCUAAAAAUGUUGCAGCUGCCUGCGUAGGUGUUAAUCACCUCCACACACACAGACCAUGUCUCGCUGCGAAGACUGGUACAGCUGAGGUGUCCUCUAUCUUGGAGGAGAAGAUCCUGGGGGCUGACACCAGUGCAGAUUUGGAAGAGACCGGCCGUGUGUUGUCCAUCGGUGACGGUAUCGCUAGAGUGUACGGUCUCAGGAAUGUUCAGGCUGAGGAGAUGGUGGAGUUCUCCUCUGGGCUCAAGGGCAUGUCUCUGAACUUGGAGCCUGACAAUGUCGGUGUGGUGGUGUUUGGUAAUGACAAACUGAUCAAAGAGGGGGACAUUGUGAAAAGGACCGGCGCCAUCGUGGACGUGCCGGUGGGCGAGGAGCUGCUGGGCCGUGUGGUGGACGCUCUGGGAAAUGCUAUCGACGGGAAGGGUCCUCUGGGGUCCAGCAUCCGUAGGCGUGUGGGUCUGAAGGCCCCUGGCAUCAUCCCCCGGAUCUCUGUGAAGGAGCCCAUGCAGACUGGCAUCAAGGCCGUGGACAGCCUGGUUCCCAUUGGCCGUGGCCAGCGUGAGCUGAUCAUCGGUGACAGGCAGACUGGGAAAACCGCUAUCGCAAUUGACACAAUCAUCAACCAGAGGCGUUUCAACGAAGGCAAAGAUGAGAAGAAGAAGCUCUACUGCAUCUAUGUGGCCAUCGGCCAGAAGAGGUCCACAGUGGCCCAGCUUGUGAAGAGGCUGACCGACGCUGACGCCAUGAAGUACACCAUCGUGGUGUCCGCCACGGCCUCCGACGCCGCUCCUCUGCAGUACCUGGCCCCCUACUCCGGUUGCUCCAUGGGGGAGUUCUUCAGGGACAAUGGCAAGCAUGGCCUCAUCAUCUACGAUGACUUGUCCAAGCAGGCCGUGGCCUACCGUCAGAUGUCCCUGCUCCUGCGUCGUCCACCUGGUCGCGAGGCCUACCCCGGCGAUGUGUUCUACCUGCACUCCCGUCUGCUUGAGAGGGCCGCCAAGAUGCAUGACAACUUCGGGGGCGGCUCCCUGACUGCUCUGCCUGUUAUCGAGACCCAGGCUGGAGAUGUGUCCGCCUACAUCCCCACUAACGUUAUCUCCAUCACUGACGGACAGAUUUUCUUGGAGACAGAGUUGUUCUACAAGGGUAUCCGCCCAGCCAUCAACGUGGGUCUGUCUGUGUCCAGAGUCGGAUCUGCCGCCCAGACCAAAGCCAUGAAACAGGUGGCCGGGACCAUGAAGCUGGAGCUGGCCCAGUACCGUGAGGUGGCUGCCUUCGCCCAGUUUGGCUCUGACCUGGACGCUGCCACCCAGCAGCUGUUGAACAGAGGAGUCCGUCUCACUGAGCUGCUCAAGCAGGGACAGUACUGCCCUAUGGCUAUUGAGGAGCAGGUGACCGUCAUCUACGCCGGUGUCAGAGGUCACUUGGACAAGAUGGACCCUUCCAAGAUCACCCGCUUUGAGAAGGCCUUCCUCGGACAUGUCCUCAGCCAGCACCAGGACCUGCUCACCACCAUCAGGACUGAUGGCAUGAUCUCCCCAACGUCUGAUGCUAAACUGAAGGAGAUCGUGUUGAACUUCUUGUCAAGCUUUGAGUAAUGGAUGGAGCAGCUCCUGAGCCUUCGGUGUGAUUACUGUCUCUGUCCCAUUGUCCUAAUAUUAUAUGUAUGUGAAAUGGUGAAACACUGAAGGCCAAAAUCUCGAUGUACAGAUUUCUCCUAAGAAGAAAUAAAAUUUUACAACCCUCAG